AUGUUCCAACACAAAUCCCAUGAGGCGAGCUUCCUCAACGAAAAGGCAGCUAAAGACUGCCGCUUCGCUCUUCCGGGGUUCAAUCGGCCGUUAGAUUUCGCUCCAAUGGAGAAAAACAUCUACGGUGUCGAAAGUCGGAGCAUGUUUCCAAAUGCGCUCGAUGAUAGAGACAUCGAGGCAGGAUACGUGGAUCUGCCCGUCCUAACCCUCCGUGAGAUCCAUAUGGUGGAGUUUAUGGAAGAUCUGACCGAUAUCCCUGAGUGGUGGAAGAAGGUCCAUGACCCCAAGUUCCAGGAGCAGUGGAAAAAGGACGCCAUGGGCAGUGGGAAAGACAUCACGCUCAAUAUGGCCCAAUGGAUCAUUGACGAGCUUCAAUUCAAGGCCAUGAUCUACGAGUCCACAAAUGUAGUCGCCCUGUACAGUGGCGAUGUCACCAAGUCUGACACCAACAUAUCCGAUGCCUUUCUUCGCGAUAUAAAAGCUCAAACCCAGGUCCUAGAGGUUUCUCAGAAGACCUUGCAGUACUUCCAUCCAGGCAGUAUGAACAGACAGCGUGACCUCAUUUCCAUGGCACUGUACCCGCUGGUAUAUGGCAAGUCUCGGAUUCUGACCGACAAGAUCAUCGGCCUUGACGACGCCAUCGCGCACGCCGGCCAGGGCGAAGUGAUUCCAGUCCCCAAAGAGACUGGAAUCACCAGAGAAGACAUUGCCUGGCGCGUUUUGGCCCGGGAAGAUAUCAAGGUUCGGCCCCAUAGUCGCAACUAUCAACUUCUUCCUUCCGACUGGGAGUUCCGCGAGGAUGGCAAAUGGCAUAUAGCUACAUACAUCAACAACCUGCACCCAAUCAAACAUCGCAACAUCUACAAGCUCAUCGAGCAGGCCUUUAACGCCAUUAUUCCCCAGUGGAAUGCCACUCUGACUCCACUCAAGGACAUGCUCCAUUCCCGUGCCCGCAUUGAGUAUCACAAAGUGGAGUAUUACCCAGUCCCAAAGGAAGUUACUUCAAAGGCGCCUCAAAUCAAUCCAAAAGAAGCACAGAGCGAGUUCGAUGAUCGCAUGGAGAAAUGGAGAAUGAAGCACUACCGUGCUAUCCAGCCCGACGUGGGCAAGUUUAUCCCCUGGGCGGUCCCGGCAUGGAUGAUGGACAAAUUGCCCGAGGAUCUACCUAGUGCUGUUCGGAUUUCACGAGGCGUCGAUCUGAACCGAGAUUAUAAGGAUCGUGGACUACAAGUGAUUACACGUCUGAUCGGCAUCGAUCUGACCCCAGAGGAACCGACCUUUGACGGACAAUGGCACAUCGAGGGCACGAUGAACGAGCACAUUUGCGCUGCCGCAUUCCUCAUCUAUGACCACGACAACAUCGGAGAUGCUUACAUGGAAUUCCGCAACAUGGUCGAAACCGACAUCUUGGGUGAAAUCGAGCACGAGCCAGACGAUCUCAUCUGGCUAAAGCAGAUCUUCGGCCUGGAAAAUGGUGAGCCGGCUAUUCAAUAUCCAGGCUCGAUUCGUUCGACGCCAGGUCGUACAAUCAUGUACCCCAGCACCAUACAGCAUAGGUUCACCCGCUUCGAACUGAAGGAUAAGACGAAGCCUGGAACUGCGCGCGCUCUGGUGUUUUUCCUUGUCGAUCCUAAUAUCCGGGUUAUCUCUACGGCGAAUAUCCCGCCUCAGCACUGGGGAGAGGGCCUUAAGGCGGCUAUGCAAAAGGUGGCGCUCGACAACAUGAAGGACAAGGGUAAUAUGCCCAUGAGUUUGGAGGAGGCUUUGCAGAACAGAGUCAAGGUUUUGGAGGAGCUUCAGGAGUUUACUAGCUAUCAACAUGUGGCUUUUGAGUCGAAUAUUUUGAUGCUUUAA